UUGCAUGCGAGGCGAUUAUGGUUUAACUAUUUAGUGCUGCAUUUUUAGAAUAUCAUUCGCAGUUUUUAGUUUACCGUGUUAGUUCAAAUACUCCCUUGCUCAAGUGUAAACCAAACAUGUCGGUUCUCGUUAACGAACCAUCGGGAAAAGUUUCUCCCCCAAUGACGGCCCUCCCUGGCCCUCACUACAGAAAUAAUCCUCACCCAAAAGCUGACUUCUUGCUGUGGAGACACCCAAGAAAACAGUGGCCAAUGAAGGAGGCUGAGAAAAAACCUGCGGAGCCAGCUAAAGAUGGAGCCCUGGCCAAACUCAAAGCGGCAGAAAGGGUAGAACUGGCUAAAGCUCUUAAAGAGGCUAAAAGCAGCGGGGUGUUCCACCAAGGUGCCAUAUUCUGCCAACCUAAAGCAGAUAAAGGUCGCCACUGGUCAAUCCACCCAGAAUGGCCACUUGUUGAUUGAUUUUCUAAUUUUUUGCAAUUUUAGUUUGUUUAAAAACGGCCGAUAAAAAAUGUAAAUUCAUUCCUUAAACAAAUUUAUUUAAAAACUUUAUUAGGCGAUUAAAUUUACUUUGUCAGACAAAGUCGAAUAGCUUUUAAUUAUAGGCUUAAUAAUGGCCAUUUUGAUGUUUUGUAUUGGUCUGAUUCAGUGAUAAAUUAUUUAUGCAAUAUUAUGAGAUUUAUGAAAUUAAUUUAAGGCUAUUUCUAUGAUUAUCGAAUUAUCGAAUUGUCGAAUAACGGUAA